AUCAAAAUCUGAGUACUUUCCUUUCACUUUUCUUUUGUUUUACGUCAUUCAUAAGUGCAAAAGAUCAAUAAUGAAGGGAAAACAAGUUUGUCAAUCAGGCCCCACUAACACAUACAUUGUGAGUACACCUAUUGGUGAUAUGGAAAUAAUCAGUUGUCCAAGAGGACUCCAUUCACUACAACAAAUGGCACCAAAUGACAAGAAUUUUUCACCACGUCCUGGUACAACUGUGACAGUGAAAUCCCAGAUGUACCAGGAUAAUGGAUACACAUACAAACCUGCUGUUCUCUGUGUGCAAUGGUUACAACACUACUUUGCAGGAGACACUUCUAACUUGACUUCAGUUCCCCCAGCUUGUGCCUCUGUGUACCAGACAGGAACAUUCACAGAGACUGUCUGGAAAACCCUUCAGAGUAAAGUAGCAUUUGGGCAAGUGAUUUCCUAUGGUGCUUUAGCCAUGAUGUGUGGUAAUCCCCGUGCCUGUCGAGCUGUGGGACUAGCAAUGAAGAACAACCAAAUCUCCCUCAUCAUGCCAUGUCACAGGGUAAUUCAGACCGGAGGUAAACUUGGUAAUUACCACGGAGGGCAGAAGAACAAAAUCAAGGAAUGGCUACUGCAUCAUGAGCAUGCACCAAUAUGAUACAUUUCAUAAAAACACUCCUUCAAGAGCUUAUUUACCUAUUUAGACAGACAAAUUUAUAAUUACCCAGAAUAUGCAGUACUUCAUUACUUUUUAUAUUAUUUUGAAAUUACUUGACAAUAUUCUAUAUAUUGUGUUACUUAUCUGUUGUUAUUAUACUGGGAUAAGCAAAAAUUAAUAUGAUAUGAAAUAUAUGUAUCCGGAAAGAUUA